AUGAAUGACUGUGAGUUUGGAUAUAUUUACAGGCUGGCCAAAGACUAUCUAAAGUAUGUUUUGCAGAUACCACAACUUGGAGUUGGUCCAAGCAAAACAUCUAGAUUAUUACAAAAUGUUGCCUUCUCCGUUCAAAAAGAAGUUGAAAAGACUUUGAAACCGUGCUUGGACAAUUUUGAUGUUAUUUCUGUAGAUAAUGCCAGGACAAUAUUUAAUAAGGUGAUGGAAAAGGAAUUUGAAGAUGGCAUUAUUAACUGGGGAAGAAUUGUGACUAUAUUUGCAUUUGGAGGUGUUCUCAUCAAGAAACUUCCACGAGAGCGAAUUGCUCCAGAUGUGGACACUUACAAGAAGAUCUCGUAUCUUGUUGCUGAGUUCAUAAUGAAUAACACAGCGGAAUGGAUAAGGCAAAACGGAGGCUGGGAAAAUGGCUUUGUCAAGAAGUUUGAACCUAAAUCUGGCUGGCUGACUUUUCUGGAAACUACAGGAAAGAUCUUUGAAAUAUUAUUUCUCCUGAAGCAAUACUACUGA